CAUACCAAUUUAUUACCAAGAUUCUUAUUUCUUCAUACUCUAUAUAACACUAUCCCACCAAAAACCUCUCUGCUUUAAUCUCCUCUGUUUCUACCCUUUUUUUCUUUCUAAAAAACCAAAACACAAUCAUCAUGUUUUCUCCAACCAUAUACUAAUAUGUAACAUUAUUAUAGUCACAUUAAUAAGAAUAAUACUAUCGUUACAAUGGCUUCAGAAUCAUAUUCAUAUUCAUCUUCAUCCAUGAAACUCUUGUUGUUUAUGGUUCCUCUCAUAAUUGUUGCUGGACUUGUAUCUGUAUUAGGUCCUAAUCCUUCUAAUUGGGUUCUUAUUCCUAAUCAACCUCUCUUAUGGAGUUCUGUUACUACAUCUUCAUCAGAAAGUGGUUCUCUUAUGGAAAAAGUUCAAGCUGUUUCAUUUGAUUUUCAUAAUAAUAACAAGGAAGUGAAAGCUAUAUCUGAUGAUGACACUUUUUUCAAUCAAUCUUCUACUCCACCACUUUCUAUUCAAACACUUCAAAAAUUGAACAAAGAUGAAGAAAGUGACAAUGCCUCUCAAAUCUGGACCAAUACAACUUCUAUGAAUGAAUCUUACUAUAUUCCUCUAGAGAAACCAAACCUUCCAAGAAAGUUCAGCAUCUUAGACAGAACAGAAGCCGGUCUACUACAAGCUCGAGCCGCAAUACGGAAAGCAAGAAAUGGGAAUCAAACACAAGACAUAGACUAUGUUCCAAUAGGACCAAUGUAUUACAAUCCUAAUGCAUUUCACAGGAGUUAUUUAGAAAUGGAGAAACAGUUUAAAGUAUUUGUCUACGAAGAAGGGGAGCCUCCAGUUUUCCACAAUGGACCUUGCAAAAGUAUAUACUCCAUGGAAGGAAAUUUCAUCCACACAAUUGAGAUGAAUGACCAAUUCCGAACAAGAGACCCCGAUAAGGCGCACGUAUUUUUCCUUCCUUUUAGUGUAGCAAUGAUGGUCCAAUUUGUCUAUGUUCGUGACUCUCAUGAUUUUAGCCCCAUAAAGAAAACCGUCGCCGAUUAUAUCAAUGUCAUUUCCGAAAGAUACCCCUUUUGGAACCGAAGUCUCGGAGCUGAUCAUUUCAUGCUUUCUUGCCAUGAUUGGGGGCCCGAGGUAUCAAAUUCAGUUCCAAACUUGUACAAGAAUUCGAUUCGUGCACUAUGCAAUGCCAACACCUCCGAGGGAUUCAAACCAGCAAAGGAUGUAUCUUUUCCAGAAAUCAAUCUUCAAACCGGUACAAUACAUGGUUUUGUAGGCGGGCCAUCUCCAUCCAAGCGAUCAGUUUUAGCUUUCUUUGCCGGCGGGCUUCACGGGCCCAUUAGGCCCAUUCUACUUGAUCAUUGGGAAAACAAAGAUGAAGACAUUCAAGUUCACAAGUACCUUCCAAAGGGUGUGUCUUACUAUGACAUGUUAAGAAAAAGCAAGUUUUGUCUUUGUCCUAGUGGAUACGAGGUAGCAAGUCCAAGAGUGGUGGAAGCAAUCUACACAGGUUGUGUUCCAGUGCUGAUUUCAGAUCAUUAUGUUCCUCCAUUCAGUGAUGUUUUGAAUUGGAAAUCGUUUUCUGUUGAGGUUUCAGUUGAUGAUAUACCUAACUUGAAGAAAAUUCUGUUGAGUAUUUCACCCAGACAGUAUAUAAGAAUGCAGAGAAGAGUAGGACAAGUUAGGAGACAUUUUGAGGUACAUUCUCCACCUAAGAGAUUUGACGUGUUUCAUAUGAUCCUUCAUUCUAUUUGGCUUAGAAGAUUAAACUUCAGAGUCCAUGAUGACCAAUAACAUAUAUAAGAUUAUUAAUUACGGUUGGGGAAUUAGUUUCUGGUAGGGUUUUUUUUUUGGGUUGGGGAAUUAAUUUCUGGUAGGGUUUUUUUUUGGGUAAGUUUUUGAAUAGUUUUUUAUUUGGUAAUGUAAGAUGAUUGUGUGAAUGUAAUUUUCUUUUUCGUUUCAUGUGAUGUAUAAAAUUAUUAAGUAAUAAAAGUGAUAUUUUAAUUUCUCA